AUGCAGUCAGAUUGGUUGAAGGAUAUUCCGUGCGAGGGAGGUGGGGAAGAGGAGAGUGGAGGGGAAGGGGAUGCGGGUGUAGAUGGUGAUGCGGAAGGAGAGGAUGAUACUGAGAAUGGAGAUGAAUCCACCAGCGUGGUCGUAAUCGAUGUCGGUAUUCCUUCGCCGCCACCGGGGUCCUCCGAAUUGGAUGGUUCCGACACAUUGUCAACGUCGCCGGAACCUUCGUUACCUGAAGUCAUCUCUAGCGAAUCGACAUCAGAAGAUUCCGAUGAUGAUGAUGAUGAUGAUGAUGAUGAUGUCGUUUGCAUUGAUGCCGCCGCGUUGGAUCACGUAGCCCGCCAAGACUUGGUAUUUUCGAACCACGUCUUGAAGGCAGUGCUGUGUGAUAUGUAUGGAAGUUGCGCGACAGACGGACAUAUCGUAGAGUAUCGAGGGCACGCUAUGAUGAUGAGGACGUAUUGCGAUCUUGUCGGAUGUUCGAAGAGAGAAGUGGAGGUCAAUAGCCCUAGAUAUAGACGCCGAUUGCGGGUGCCUUCACGUACAGAAGGACUUGAGUUCACUUCACUUGCGGCCCGAUAUAGCACGAGAGUAGAAGAGAGAAUGCUGGCGAUUGUGGUUCAUAUUGGGCUGUAG